GGACCUUGACAGUGAUGACCAAUCAUGGUCUCCUACCUGCCGUGUCUCUCCCCUUGAGCCUAUCCACAUGGAGCUGCCUAAGCCUGCUGCUCGCACUCCCAAGACAUCUACUCGUCGCAAGACGACGUCUCAACCGAAGGCUCGCGAGGUUACCGCGACAAGGUGGUCGUCCAGUCCGGAAAUAACACCGCAGGACUACCCCGCCACCAGUGUCUCACCCCCGCCCGCCCCCUCCUCCCCUGCCGCCAACAACACCGCCCGCAAGACCACCCGCAGUCUGUCCAGCGACUCCAACGCCAGCACGGGUCAGGCCCAGACCACCACCGGCCGCAAUGCGGCGAAGCGGGCGGCGCACAACAUCAUCGAAAAGCGGUACCGCACGAACAUGAACGCCAAGUUCGUCGCCCUGGAGAAGGCGAUGUGCGGCGGAGUCCAGAAGCCCACCAAGGGGGGCUCGGCGUCGCUGAAGAAGUCGGAGAUCCUGACCAAUGCCAUCACCUUUAUGCAAGAAUUGCAGGAGGAGAACAAGUCGCUCCAGAAGGAGCUUGCCAUGCUCAAACAAAGCAUGGUCCCGAGCGGGAUGUGGCGACAUAGCAAGGGGAGUGAGGCGUUUCACGCAUAAGCCUAGCGGCGAUGCGUUGUUUUGUCUCUGCCCUUGUAAUGACCGUCACGUAUAUUGUAUAAUAAUUAUGAUUUUCCUUUCUUCUGUUUCUUACAUCUUACAACAAGAUCUGGGAGUUUGUUUCAUGGCCCUCUCCUGUCGUGGGCGGCGAAUUAUGGGAUGAAUUGGUGUUGUGUUGAUAUAUACCCGGAGAUAAAAGUUCGACCUAAUCCACUCACUACUUUACAUAUUUGCUUAUCCGUUAACAAUGUAAAAUGUAAUACUACAAAGUAGAGGCACAAAAAGUAAUAAAAAACAGAAAGACCUAGACCGAGUU